AUGUCGGAUCAACAUCAUCAACAACAAUCACAACCACAAUCACAACCACAACCACAACAGGAGGAUAAUUCACAUCAUCAUCAUCACCACCACCAUCAUCAUCAUCAUUCUCAUGAUAAUGAUCAACAACAACAACAACAACAACAACAACCUGCCAUUCCAUUGGAUCCAAAUGUAAAUCCUGCUAAUAGAAUUGGUAAAUAUCAAGUUAUAAAAACUUUAGGUGAAGGUUCAUUUGGUAAAGUUAAAUUAGCUCAACAUUUAAGUACUGGUCAAAGAGUUGCUUUAAAAAUUAUAAAUAAAAAAACUUUGGCUAAAAGUGAUAUGCAAGGUAGAGUCGAAAGAGAAAUAAGUUAUCUUAGAUUGUUAAGACAUCCUCAUAUUAUUAAAUUAUAUGAUGUUAUUAAAUCAAAAGAUGAAAUUAUAAUGGUUAUUGAAUUUGCUGGUAAAGAAUUAUUUGAUUAUAUUGUUCAAAGAGGUAAAAUGCCAGAAGAUGAAGCUCGUAGAUUUUUUCAACAAAUUAUUGCUGCUGUAGAAUAUUGUCAUAGACAUAAAAUUGUUCAUCGUGAUUUAAAACCUGAAAAUUUAUUAUUAGAUGAUCAAUUAAACGUUAAAAUUGCCGAUUUCGGUUUAUCAAAUAUUAUGACAGAUGGUAAUUUUUUAAAAACAAGUUGUGGUAGUCCAAAUUACGCUGCACCAGAAGUUAUUAGUGGUAAAUUAUAUGCUGGUCCAGAAGUUGAUGUUUGGUCAGCUGGUGUUAUAUUAUAUGUAAUGUUAUGUGGUAGAUUACCAUUUGAUGAUGAAUUUAUUCCAGCUUUAUUUAAAAAAAUUAGUAAUGGUGUUUAUACAUUACCAAAUUAUUUAAGUUCUGGUGCAAAACAUUUAUUAACUAGAAUGUUGGUUGUUAAUCCAUUAAAUAGAAUAACUAUUCAUGAAAUCAUGGAAGAUGAAUGGUUUAAAAUUGAUAUUGCUGAUUAUUUAUUACCACCUGAUUUAUCAAAAAUCAAACAUGAUAAAAUUGAAAUUGAUGAAGAUGUAAUUACAGCUUUAAGAAUGACAAUGGGAUAUGAUAGAGAUGAAAUUAUAAAUAUUAUUGAAAAUUAUAAUAAAACAAAAGAUAAUCAUAAUAAUAAUAAUAAUAAUAAUAAUAAUAAUAAUAAUAUUAAUAAAAAUCAAGAUAUUAAUCCAAAUAAUAAUGAAAUUUUAGAUGCUUAUUUAUUAAUGAAAGAAAAUCAUUCUUUAGUUAAAGAUUUAAAAAAAUCACAAAAUGAUCAUGUUGAUUCAUUUUUAUCACAAUCACCACCACCUUCAACAUUUUCAAAUAAUUCAACAAAUUUUAUAAAUAAUGCAAAUGGUAAUCAUCAUCAUCGUAAUAAUAACCAUACAAAUACAAAUACAGGUUCAGGUGGAGUUCAACAAUCAUUAACAUAUCAAACAUUGGCUACAGUUCCAGAUUUGUCAACAUUACCAAAUUCAACAAUUGCAAUAUUACCAUCUAGUUUACCUUCAAUACAUAGAGCUUAUAUGAUUGAAAAAGGAAUAAAUCAACAACAAUUACCACCACAACAAUCUCAACCAACAAAAAAAUCAAAAACAAGAUGGCAUUUUGGUAUAAGGUCAAGAUCAUAUCCAUUAGAUGUAAUGGGAGAAAUUUAUAGAGCUUUAAAAAAUUUAGGAGCUGAAUGGGCAAAACCAACAGAAGAAGAAUUAUGGACAAUUAGAGUUAGAUGGAAAUAUGAUACAACAAAUGUAACGGAUAAUGAAGCACCAAAUUUAAUGAGAAUGCAAAUACAAUUAUUUCAAUUAGAACCAAAUAAUUAUUUAGUUGAUUUUAAAUUUGAUGGAUGGGAAAAAUCAAUAAUUAAUCGAGAAAUUCAGAAUAUAAAUGAUGAUAGUAAUUCAAGUUUAAAUGAUUUUAAAGUAAAACAAGAUUUAGAUGAAGUUGGUUCAUUUUCAGCAUAUCCAUUUUUGCAUUUAGCAACGAGAUUAAUUAUGGAAUUAGCAGUAAAUAGUCAAAGUGGGUAA